GGUUCUUACAAUUCGAUUCUGAAACGUUUGUAAUUUGUCAAGUUGAAAUGUACGCCGAGAAGAUAAAAAACAUCCCAUGAAUCUAUUUAUUAAAUCUAUUUAUUAAAAAACUAAAAAUGAUUUUCAAUUUCAAUGGUGAAAAAUAACGAAGUGUCUACACGUCCGGCGACUUGUCACGUGACCGCCGGACAUGGCCGGACGGCUAGUAGCUUUUAUAAUUCCAAACGAAGUACGAUUUAGUAAAAAUCGAAAAAUAAAUACUGCUUAAAACAGUAUUUUAUCCCUGGUGCAAAUUCGAAAACAAACAUAUAUUUUUAAACCAAAGAACAACGGGUUUUUUUGUUUUGUUUUUUAAAAUCAUUGAUAGUUUGAUAAAAACUAAAAAGGUCAAAUCUGUUUAGAAAUGGAAUAUUAAAAUUUUAUUAAUUUAUUUGUUUUUUUGCGAAAAUAAUUACGUUUUUUUAAAAUCAACAAAAUAUUUACGUUAGUAACCGAGGUACACAAUGUCCGUACCAGCUGAGAAUGAGAGUAAAAAGCAAGAAAGUACAGGUAAAUUAAAAUUAAUUUAUUUAGCGAAUAAUUCUAUGUAUAAAUUAACAUUUGUAAUUUAAUUGGUAUAAAUACCACUUACAAAAUAACAUUUAUUAAGAAAUAAUAAAUAGCUAUGGUAGGCUGGUGGUACACUCACUCAGUCACUGGUAAGCCUUUCUGACAACUGGCUACCCACUGCUGAGUCAGUUUAAACUCUAAGUAUAAAUUGACUGGAUAUAAGAAAAUGAUUAAAUUUUCAUAAACUGACAUUAUACCUGAAUAAUGCUAAGUGUAAAAGUUAAAUAUGGUUAACUAAAACUCCCCACUAGAAUUUUUAUGUAGUGGCCAGCAUGGAAAUUACAGUCUAUUUUUAGCAUGGCCACAUAAUAAUUUUCUGUUUUAAAAUAGAAGAUAGCCUUCGAAAAUUCACUCCAAGUUAGUUUGAAAACAAGUAGUAUAAUUAUUUUUAAAUUUGCUGUGAUUAUUAUUUUUACAGUUAUUAAUUUUAAAGAUUCAAAGAUAUUCAUUUAGACCUAUACUAUACUUUGUUUCUUUCAAUUUUCCAAACCCUUUCCUUAUAAUUUUCUCCCCAUUGCUCACAAAAUGAAUCAUCUUCCCUAAAGCCCAUCCUUUCUCUCCCAUUACUCACACCUCUCCCUACUUACACAGCCUUAAUUAAUCCCUCUACCCGUCUUAUCCCCUAUGUUUUCCAACUUAUUCCCCUCAAUUAACUCAAUGUUAAUAUUUUUAUAAAAAUAGCUUCAUCAACAUUCUGUCCCUCAAAAUAAAAUACAUAGAAACAAACAAACAAAAUGACAGAAGCCAACAAAAAUAAAGGUGCAACAUCUCAAUUUUAUUAUUAACAAAAUAAAAACUGUUGUAUUUUUAAUACUUCAGAGAAUUAACACUAAACAAAUCAGCAGUUAAAAAUUAAUGUUUAAUACAUUAUUCAUAACUAACAGAUGAAUAUAAAUGAAGACUCAAAUACUUCCAGUGGUUUUUAAGUGAACAAGCAGCUUUUAAAUUAGACAAAAUACAACCUCAAAUUCUUUUAUUUACAGAUUCACUACUAGCAGAUAUUCAAAAAAAGAUUACAGAUGCCUUUGACAUUUUUGAUCAUGAAUCAAAUAAAACUGUGGAUGUCAGGUUUAUGCUUUUUUUUUUUAUAUUUGAGCAAUUUUUUUUAAUGUGACCUUUUUUAAUUAAAAAACAAAUACUUAACAUUUUUAAAUUCAGCUUCUAUUGCUUAAUAUGCAUCUCAAAAUGUAGAUUAAAAUUAUAAUUAGUGAUGGCUUAAUUUAAUAAACCUGAAAUCAAAAUAUAAUUUGACAGCAAGACAUUAAUUAUUUUUUUUAUAAUUUAUUUACCUCUAUGCAAUAUUUUAUGUUCUUGCUUUACAGGGAGGUGGGAACAAUUAUUCGGUCUCUUAACUGCUGUCCAAGUGAAGCAGAACUCCAUGACAUGCUAGCAGAGGUAGUGUUUACCUUUAUUUAUCUUUAUUUCAGUAGAGAGGAGAAAUCACUUUUAACUGAAUAUCCACAUUUUUUAAUGGUAAAAGUAAAUUUAAUGACUAAAUGUUAUAAACUGAAGUGAUUAAAAAGAAACAACAACAAAGCAACCAUACCACAGCGAUAAAAAUUUUGAUAAAUCAUUCUAUUAUAAAUCAUGCACAGGCUUAACAAGGAUUGCUAGCAACCAGCAACAUUAUUUUAAUUUCAAAAUUUAAAUAAAACUUAUUUCUUGCUAAUAACAAAUGCUUUUUGAUACAUUAAAAACAAAGAGGUUUGCCUGGUUGUAUAUACAAUAUGUAUUUUUCACAGAUUGAAGAAGAAGAACCCACUGGGUACAUUAGGUUUGAGAAAUUCCUCCCCAUGAUGACAAAAGUACUUAUGGAAAGAAGGUAAUUAAACAUUUUUAAAUAAAUUAUUUUGCAACAAAUCAGGGUAUCUUACACCUGAGCACACAAAACAGACUUUCAGUAUCCACCACUUUUUUUAUAUAAUGAAUAUACGAUGUCCCUCAUUUUAUUUUUGUCCAAUUACAUGUUUUUCCUUUAUCCACCAAUACAAGUGUUUACAUGACAUGAAGAAUGUUCAAUCACAAAUGCUGAAACCUAUAAAGAAUUAUAAGCUGUCAAUUGUUUUUGUUGUGGAAAUUUUCACAGCUGUUGCCAGUGUUGUCACAUUUACUUGUACUUGAUGUUUUUUGUUAACUUUUUUGAAAUACUCAAAUAGUGAAUUAUAUUGCUCUCCUAGAAAAAAAUGCCAGCUGAUGAUGCCACUACAUUCUGGUUUCAAUUUAUAUUUACUUUGUUCAAAGGUACAAGCCAUCUCCAGAAGAUCAAAUACUCAAAGCAUUUCAAGUGUUGGACACUGAACAGAAAGGUUACUUGACUGCUGAAGAACUGACCAAGUUCAUGACUGAAGAUGGUGAGAUUUAUCCCCUGUAUUAUUAUUUUUAUUUACUUUUUUUUUUAAUUUGAUAAAAGCUCAAAGUUUAAGUUAUCUGCCAUUUAACAAAGCUUAUGAUAAUGGUGAAGACUUAAGAAAGAAAAAAAAAAAAAAAGAUUUGAUUAUAAAAUAUUGUCUAGAAUGAUCAAACUUUUGGGCUAAGAAGUUGUCACUGUCAUUAUGAUUAUAGAUUAAAUUAUAAUGGAGAAUAAAAGCUCAGCAGAAAAGUAGGGGAUGAUGAUGUUAUUUUAGGAGGUAGUUGAGUGUUUCGAAGAUGCUUUGGAAUAGAAGCAAAAGGGAAGAGUAAGAGAGAGUGAGAGAAGGAAACGAAUGUAGGGGUCUACUUCAUGUACUUAUUCUAUCAUAUUUUAAACCAUUGAUUUUGUCUCAUGGUUACAAUCUUUUCAAAAAUAAAAUUCUAACAACUUGAAAAUACUAAUUCAAAACAGUUUUUAAAUGCCACAAUUAAAUGUAUCAUAUUUAUUGUAUAGCCAGAUAAAAAAACAACAACUAAUGUUUAACUAAUGAAUACUAGUAUGCAACAAUCAUUUGCAGUGUUUCAAAAUUAAUCUUUAUUUUUAGGUGAGCCCUUCACACAAGAGGAGUUAGAAGAAAUGUUAUCUGCUGCUGUUGAUCCGGACAAGAAGACAAUAUUGUAUAAAGAUUAUGCUUCAGUUAUGGCAGUAGAAGAGACAUAACAUAUUUUAAAAGAAUUAGUUAUUUUCAUUUUCUUGUUAGAGGCUGCUGUAUAAAUUAUUAUUUUUUGUCAAUAAAUACUUUUUAUUUUAAUC